UUCAAGUGCAGGCCAAUGGAAGCAAAGGAUUUUGCUUUCAUCAACAAAAAAGACGAGGGGCAACCUUUUGAUGGUAGUAUUGUCUGUGACUCCCCCCCUCCCUCCCAAACUGAGCAACAGCCCUCUCUGUUUUUCCAUCUUUGCCUCUGGAAGGUGGGCAUUAGAGUCGGUGUGUUUCCAGAAACGAGUUGCUCGGCAGCAGCCCCGUUAUCUCAGCUCAAGAUGUACAGCUUCAUGGGAGGGGGCCUGUUUUGUGCCGUGGUGGGAAAUAUUCUGCUGGUGGUCUCCACUGCCACGGACUACUGGAUGCAGUAUCGCCUCUCUGGGAACUACGCCCACCAGGGUCUGUGGAGGUACUGCAUGUCCAACAAGUGCUACAUGCAGACGGACAGCAUAGCUUAUUGGAACGCCACCAGGGCCUUCAUGAUCCUGUCGGGGAUGUCGUGCUUCGCAGGCAUCAUUGCUGGAAUCAUGUCCUUUUCACACUUCUCCUCCUUCGAAAGGUUCAACCGCUCCUUUGCUGCAGGAAUCAUGUUUUUCAUCGCCACUUUCUUUGUUUUGCUGGGCAUGGCUGUCUACACCGGAGUGACGGUCAACUUCCUGGGAAAGCGCUUUGGUGACUGGCGUUUCUCCUGGUCCUACAUCCUGGGCUGGGUGGCCAUGCUCAUGACAUUUUUUGCAGGUAUUUUCUACAUAUGUGCCUACAGAAUGUGUGAGUCCCGGAGGGGAACUGGACCACGUUAACAUCAGACACAUGGUUUACAGACAAGACAGGACACUUUGGAUUCAGAGCAACAAGCAGAAGUCUUCAAGGCAGUCGUGAUCUGAUGAAGAGCUGACCGCCGAUGCAGAAACUGGAGAUCAUGAUGUCACUGGAACACAUUUUUUUUCCUUAUCAUGAUGAAGUUUUAAACUUAAUCUUGUGUCUAAAGAUUGCAAAGGCAACACUGAAAUCCCCCCCCCACCACCACACACACUUUUGUUUUCUUUUCUUUUUUUUUUUUAGAUUAUUGAAGAUUUUUAAAAGGGAGCUUUAAGAGAAGUUCAUCCUCGGUGCUUGAUUUUAUUUUAAUUGCUGCUUUUUGCCAGAAGGUGGCAGCCUUCAACCAGCCAGUGAUAGACUGUACCAAAUCUUUUCCAUGUAGGUAUGAUAGGAAAGUAGAAAUUGCAUUAAGAUGUUAAAUUAAGAAAUAAACAUCUUAAUAAAAAACUAAUUGGGAA